AUGGCCUUUAAUGAGCUCCUGGAUCAAGCUGGAACUCUGGGAAGAUUCCAGAUCCUUCAGAUUGCUUUCUUUUUUGUUGUCAACAUGAUAGCAUUCCCUCAUAUGCUCCUGGAAAACUUCAUUGCAGCCACUCCUGAGCAUCGCUGCUGGGUCCCUCUCCUUGACAAUCACACUGUCUCCCACAAUGACACUGGCAUCCUCAGCCAGGAUGAUCUCCUGAGAGUCUCCAUCCCCCUCGACUCAAACCUGAAGCCAGAGAAGUGUCGUCGCUUCAUCCAUCCCCAGUGGCAGCUCCUUCACCUGAAUGGGACCUUCCCCAACAUAAGUGAGUCAGACACAGAGCCCUGUGUGGAUGGCUGGGUGUAUGACCAAAGCUACUUCCUCUCCACCAUUGUGACAGAGUGGGACCUGGUGUGUGAUUAUCAGUCCCAAAAAUCAGUGGUCCAAACCCUCUUUAUGAGUGGGUCACUGCUGGGAAGCCUGAUACUUGGCCGUCUUUCAGACAGAUAUGGGCGGAAGCUGAUAUACACAUGGUGUCUCCUCUUGAUGGCCAUCAUGGAAACCAGCACAGCCUUUGCUCCAAAUUUCAUCAUCUUCUGCAUCCUACGUUUCUUGGCUGGGACUUUUGUCAUGAAUAUUUUGUCAAACAGUAUCAGCCUUACAUCAGAAUGGACAGUGCCAAGAUAUCAACAUAUUGGAGUAACACUGAUGUUAUGUGCCUGUAGCAUCGGACAGAUGCUGUUUGGGGGAGUAGCUUUUGCCAUUCGAGACUGGUACACAUUACAGCUGGUUGUAUCUAUACCUUUGUUUGUCUGCUUUUUGCUGUCCAGGUUGCUGGUGGAGUCGGCUCGGUGGCUGAUUACCACCAACCAGCUAGAGGAAGCCUUGAAGGCACUUAGAAGGGUGGCAUACAUAAAUGGGAAGAAGAACGCUGGAGAGAUCCUCACCACUGAGGUGAUCUGGGAAGGGGAGACGUCUUUGAGAUCCACCACACUGGAGGAGCCAGACAAAUCCAGUACAACACCAUUAAUAUUUCAGAUGCUGCGUGCAACUAAACUGCGCAUGAGAAUCCUCUACCUGGGCCUUAUGAGCAUGGGAGCCACCUUACCUAUGAUGGGCUUAUUCCUCAACCUCCAGGAAGUGGGGGGCAGUAUCUUCAUGCUACAAAUUCUCUUUGGGGCUGUCCCACUCAUACCCAGAUUGUCUGUCAUUUUUAUAAUGAAGCACUUGAAUCGUCGUACCACUCAGUCCCUGCUUUUCUUCCUGGUAGGAAUUUGCAUGCUAAUCAGCACAUUUUUGCCCAAAGAAAUGCAGACUGCACGUGUGGCUUUAACCACUUUGGGAAUUGGUGCUGGUUCUUCUGCUUUAACCUUUCUCCCCAUCUAUUCCAAUGAACUCAUCCCUACAAUUUGCAGGUCAACAUUUGGAGGAAUCAAUAAUUUGUUGUCAGGAGUUGGGUCAGUCCUGGCUCCCCUCCUGAUGACCCUAGUCGUGUACUCGCCUCACCUACCCUGGAUCAUGUAUGGAGUCUUCCCCAUGCUUUCUGGACUAAUUGUCUUCUGCCUUCCAGAAACCAGGAAUCAGCCAUUUCCCGAAACCAUUCAGGAUGUAGAAAAUUCCAAAAAGCAAUCAAGAAAAAUCAAGGAGGAAGAUGCUUCCCUGAAAAUAACACAAUUUUAA